AUGAAAUUUCUUUGCCUUCACGGGAUUGGAACAAACAAUGAGAUUUUCAAAUCACAGACAGCAGCUCUGCGGUAUGCGCUUGGGUCUGAUCAUGAAAAUCCCUUCGCACAGGGCUCCGUACCUUGGGAAGUGGCACAGGAACUUCAAGGUGUAGCCCAAGGGCAACAAAAAUACUUCGGCUACUUCGAUCCUUCUCAUGCGUCUACAUAUCUUGAAGCAUAUUAUCAAUUGGACGACUUUCUUAAAAGAGAGGGGCCAUUCGAUGGAGUAUUUGCCUUCUCACAAGGUGCAGGAUUGACGAUAGCGUAUAUGGCACGCGAGCGAGUGGAGCAUCCUAAUUCAGUGCCAGCAUUUAAGUGUGCAGUUCUACUUAGCCCAACAGCAGUGGGUGAUCCAUUC